GGAAAAUGAGUGCCAACAGCACCCUCCUGGACCGGAUCAUUUUCCACCCGACUUUGUGCGACCGGUGGAAGUUCUUUUCUGAAGGAGCCACCUACCACCUGGCCGGCUGCAUCCUCCUCCUGGGGUUCAUGGGAGGAAGCGGCACCUUUGGGGCCAUCUACAUCUUCGGCUUCCUGGCCACCGGCUUCUUCUGCUUGGCUCUCUGGGGCUGGCUGGACGCCUGCGGAGUCGACGUCUUCACCUGGAACGUGCUUUUGGUCCUGAUCUGCGCGCUGCAGUUGGCGCAUCUGGUCUACCAGCUCCGGAAGGACACGGUGCCCAGAGACUUCGAGCGGCUCUACAAGCAGGUGUGCCAGCCACUUCAAGUGCCCCCCCAGGUAUACAAAGAGAUUGUCGAGUGCUGCGAGGAACGGGUCCUGCCCUUGGCCCGAGACCAGACCUAUGCCGUGGAGGGCAAGACGGCCAUCGAUCGGCUGUCCCUCUUGCUGUCGGGCAGGAUCCGGGUGAGUCAGGAUGGGCAGUUUCUGCAUUACAUCUUCCCAUAUCAGUUCCUGGAUUCUCCAGAGUGGGAGUCGCUGCCGCCAUCUGAAGAAGGCACAUUUCAGGUCACCCUGACGGCGGAGACGGAUUGCAGCUUUGUCACGUGGCCACGGAGGCAGCUCUACUCGCUGCUGGCCAAAGAGCGCUACAUCGCCCGUCUCUUCUCGGUCCUCCUCGGCUACGACAUCUCCGAGAAGCUGUACGCCUUGAACGAGAAGCUGUUUGCCAAGUUCGGCCUGCGCUUCGACAUCCGCCUGCCCAGCCUCUACCACGUCCUGGCGCCCGCCACUCCAGACGCCGAUGCGGAGCCGGAACCGGAACCGGUGGAGCCGGAGGAACCGCCCAUGCCCUUACGGCCACCGUUGCCGACCUUUGUCCAGACAUCCCCCGUGGCCUCUUCCGCGCCUCCUCCCACUGCCCCCCGCGGCCCUGUCAGGAUAUUUCGGCCUGACAGUGACCUGUCCGGUGAGGACUCUACCAGUCUUGUACUGGAAGAUUUUGCUGAAUUGACGGGGUCCUUUAUGGACUAUGUGAGCGAAGGGGAGUAUAUGAAAGAUAAUCGCCAGGCCCUCGCAAAAGGGCGAGCCCCGCUGGCCCCCACUCAGACCCCAGAACUCUAG